AUGGCUCUUUCCUCUAAAGAAAAUUCCUUUUUCAGCAACGUGGGCGCUGUAGCCAGUGUGUUCAUUCUAGCUGGUCUCGUCGCUACCUCCAUUGUCCUAUGGAUAAUCUUCGCUAUGAGGAGAAGGCGCCGAACACGGCGCCUUGAGCACGACACCGCAGUCUCAGCAAGUCUUGCUGCAGCAGGGUUAUAUCGCACGCCUUUGGAUGAAGAUGACGACGAACGCGGCAACGACACUGCUGUGGGCCUUUACAACUCUGGGCAUGGACUCACUGAAAAUCCUCUUCACGUCGGUUCCAUAAGCAGCCUCCCUUCAGUACCUCGGACUUCCACUAUACAUCAUGAUACCACCUCUGGCGAAACGGACGAGUUUGCACUAAAUCCAUUUGAAGAGAUAGAUUUUAUUGUUCCUUCUCGAGCUAGAGAUGGAUAUGUCACUGGAAAUGGACUGGAAUUUGCUGGGACCGAGGCUAAUAUGCAUUCUCAGGAAAGCAAUAUCACUAGCAAUACCGAACCUUUGUUGACGGCGUAUCGUCGAACAUCGUUGCUAAACCCAGCGCCACCAAACAUUCCUUUGGUCUCUACUGACUCGGGCAUCGUGGGAGAUGAUUUCUCUCUUUCGCCAAGUUCAAGUAUAAAUCCAAUUCGAUACCCAUCGUUGUGCUCGUCUUCUCAAGGACAUGGUUCGACCCAUCGAAACAAAAGCCAUGACAUUUCAGACGAGCGUCUAAUAGAGCUUAAUACCCCUUCUGAUACCUCUGUGUACUCAAACAACGGUUCCCUUUUGGACGAUAGAUUAGACCCCGGAUUGCGCCAACGCUUGCAGCGUACGACCUCUGACAAGUCAGAAUUGAGAGAUGAGGAAGAUUAUUCUCGACCUAUCUUUGGUGUAUGUGUACAAUUAUCCAUUUAA